AGCUGAGCACAUGAAGAUCUUAGUCCCUCCAUGGUGCCCACAUUGGAGUCAUAGAAAGAAAGGCCUGUCUGUGGCUCUCUGUCUGGGACUCUUACUGUUGACCACGAUGGAGACGUGAAAGUGACAUCCAAGUGGAAGCAAACAGAGGAAGCAUCGAGGGACUGAGCACCUUUGACUCCUGACUAUCGCCAACCAACCAGGCCGAGGGAUUGGAAGAAGCAGUGCUAAUUGGACUAAGCAGAGAGUGGCUCUGCUGCCACUGUUCAUGUUGUGACUGAGGCAGGAGAAGUGAGGAGGAGAAGCUGAUGCUCUAUCAGGACGGUGGACAUAGAUCGCCACUCAUGAGUCACUCCAAUGUGAAGGAAUAUUCUGUCUGUCGCAGACACUUGGAGUGAAAAGACUGCGGUGAAACCACGUGACCGGGGUUGAAAGUCAUCAAUACAAAGAGAAGAUCUAGGUGCAAUUGAACCAUUUCAGCAUCAUGGAGACCCAGGAGAGGCUCCCCACGGCCGGGUGCAGGAAUGGACGUCUGGUUGCACUGAACAGCAACAACUGCAACAACAAUGACAAAAAAGAUGAGAAGAAGGAGGAGAAGAAGGAUGAAAAGAAGGAUGAAAAGAAGGAUGAGAAGAAGGAUGAGAAGAAGGAUGAAAAGAAGGAUGAGAAGAAGGAGGAACCAAAAGAGGUGUGGAUCAUGGACCCCAACACCGACACGUAUUACUACUGGCUGUGCGUCAUUUCCAUCCCUGUGUUCUACAACUUGAUUCUCCUGGUGGCCCGAGCGUGUUUCAACGAGCUGCAGUACCAGAACUCCAACUUCUGGAUGGCCCUCGACUACAGCGCUGAUGCCCUCUACUACCUGGACACCUUUGUGAGAACCAGGACAGGUUUCCUGGAGCAGGGGCUGCUGGUGCGAGACGAGAAGAUUCUGAAGGAAAAGUACAUGAAAACCAGACAGUUCCGCCUGGACGUUCUUUCCAUCAUUCCCACUGAUAUCGUGUUUCUCUACCUUGGCAUCAACAAUCCCGAGUGGAGGUUCAACCGCCUGUUCAGGCUGAGUCGGCUGUUUGAGUUUUUCGACCGGACGGAAACGCGAACCAACUACCCCAACAUCUUCCGAAUCGCCAAUCUCGUGCUGUACAUCAUCAUCAUCAUCCACUGGAACGCUUGUCUCUACUUCGCCAUUUCAAAAGUACUUGGCCUUGGCUCGGACACUUGGGUCUAUCCCAGCACAGCGAACCCAGACAACGCACGCCUGGAGCGGCAGUACAUUUACUGCUUUUACUGGUCGACGCUCACUUUGACGACCAUUGGUGAAACGCCCCCUCCAGUGCGAGACGUCGAGUACUUCUUUGUGGUGGCAGACUUCCUCACUGGGGUUUUGAUCUUCGCUACGAUUGUCGGCAAUGUCGGUGCGAUGAUCUCGAACAUGAACGCCGGCCGCGUGGAGUUCCAAGCCAAGAUCGACUCCAUUAAACAGUACAUGCAGUUCCGGAAGGUGACCAAAGACUUGGAGGCACGUGUGGUCAAGUGGUUUGACUACCUGUGGACCGAGGAGAAAACCUGCGAUGAAAAGCAGGUGUUGAAGAACCUUCCUGACAAGUUGAAGGCUGAGAUAGCCAUCAACGUGCAUCUGGAGACCCUCAAAAAAGUUCGCAUUUUUCAAGACUGUGAGGCGGGUUUGCUGGUGGAACUGGUCCUGAAGCUUCAGCCGCAGGUCUUCAGUCCCGGAGACUAUAUCUGCAAAAAGGGGGAUAUUGGCAGGGAGAUGUACAUCAUCAAAGAGGGAAAGCUUGCGGUUGUUGCGGAUGACGGCAUCACACAGUUCGUAGUGCUCAGCGACGGGGCGUACUUUGGUGAGAUUAGUAUUCUUGGCAUCAAGGGGAGUAAAGCUGGCAAUCGGAGGACGGCGAACAUACGAAGCGUGGGGUACUCCGAUCUCUUUGCCUUGUCCAAGGAUGACCUCAUGGAGGCGCUCACUGAGUACCCUGAUGCUAAAUAUGCUCUAGAAGAGAAAGGUCGGUCCAUCCUGAUGAAAGACAACUUAAUAGAUGAGAAUCUGGUCAAUGCAACCGACGCCAAAGACUUGGAGGACAAGGUCAACCAGAUAGAAACAAGCUUCGAGAUCAUGUCAACGAAGUUGAAAAAACUGCAGGGGCAGUACGAAUCUUCGCAGCGGAAGCUCAAGCAGCGGCUCACUAAUAUGUCAAAUCAAGUUCGAUCCCUCAGGGUGGACGAGGCGUGAGACACAGCGACGACCCUGCUCUCCUUCUGUGGUGGGAGCGACACGAUCGCCAGGUCUUCAUCGGAGACUUCAUCCAUCGACACAGCGCAGUAGCCCAGGCAUGAGGAGCGUUUUGCUGAGACUGUGGUUUUUAGCAAAACACUACAACUUCAACCAAGCAACACUUGGGGAUGGACGGCGAACCGGACUGCGAGGGAUGAGCCCACGAUUCAGUUGAAAAGAAGUAGAAUUGCCAAGUGUGUAAACCGUACAACCAAGAAGUAGCGAUGGGCUGAUGAGGCUACAUGAAACAGUGUCCUCUAAAAUCUAUGGAUCGAAACAACCAUUUCACUGAACCCUCACAUCAUUUUUAGACCAACAGCACCAUCUGGUGGCCUCUGAAAAUUAGGACACUGUUUCAUGAAGCCUCAUCAGCCCAUCACUACCAAGAAGCAUUGUAUCAAGGAAACAAGCAAACAUUUUCCGAUAAAAUGAUAAAAUGGAUUCUUUCUGUGGUUUCAGACAGGUGAGAGAGGUUGUAUUCAAGUAGAACUUGGUAAACACAAGCAUUAAAAUUUCAAUUUGCUGUGUAGCUACUUCAUUAGAGAUUUGACGGGUGAAGAAAUAUGGGGGACCAUCGUAAAACACAAACAACAAAAGUAUUUAUUGGGACAAAACUGCAAACAAAGAAAUUAAAACAAAUAUAUUUACAUCUAUAUUCUCUAUAAUAUCAAAGGCAAGAAUGUGCCGGUAGGUUUACGAACAAAUUAUGAACCAAAUAUAGCAACGCAGAUGGCGCUCAUGGUUUGAAAAUGUGAAGCUUCAUUUGAAUGGUUGUUUAAAUCCAAAGAGUUUAGAGCAGAGAGCUCCACCUGGUGGCCUCUGAAAAUAAGGACACCGUUUCAUGAAGCCUCAUGAGCCUAUGACUAGCAGACGCAGCAAAAAAAAAACAGUGUUUGAGGGUGAAGUCAGUGAGUUAAGACAGUUCAGAAACAAUGAGGAUGAAGGCAUGAGAUUGGAGAAAAGCUGUCUUUAUUAAGCAUGUUCUCACAACACUGAAUACUCAUACCGUAUCACUUUGUGUCAUUUUCAAACUAUGGAAUCAAAACAAUCUUCCCUUUGAGCCUUCACCCGACUCUCCUGAGCCCCGUCACAUGACCAGGUGAGCAGCAUUGGCAGCAGAGGGAAACAAAAGAAGCAGACUUGAAAUGAUGAAGUAAAUCGAGGGACAGGAGGCUCAGGCUGCUUCAGUGGCAUCAUAUGGGAGACAGACUCAGAGGGGCUCUGUGGUCAAUAGAGCCGGUCUUUGACCAGCAGAAUGGGACAGCUUCUUAGGUUGGUUCAUGUCUGGACAGGCUCUGAUCCAAGGGUGAUUCACUGAAUGAAAAAUUGGAAUCGACAUUCAUCUGGAAUCACACCGUCGCUCAAUUUGGCAUUUUCAGACUUGUAAAUCUUGAAUACUUAAAAGCAUUCUCACAUGUUGUGGUCAGCAAUGGAGUUGCACUGCAAAUAUUUCUUGAUAUAAGGUGGGCUUUAUUGCAGGAACUGGCCAUUUUUCUGUCCCGUUGAGCGAAAGCGGACUUAAAGAUCCUUUAAAAGCAAUGGACUCAGAGAUUGUGAGAACAGUUUCCAACAGUUUCCAACAUCUACACCCCCCCCACACCUCCCAAAAAAGUCAUAUACCAGUGAUCUACAGUCUGGAGUCACAUAUAUUGGGCUGUUACUAUGCCGUUACACCAAGAGCCAGAUUCCAGCGUUACCAGUGAGCUCUACUCCAACAAGAGGAGACAAACAACUAUGCAAGCGUGGAAAUGACAAAUUGACCACUCAGCAUGUGGACAACUCCGGAAGUCUCUGCGACACCAGUCCAGACUUUACAAACACAGAGUGUCAAGUGGGAUAAACCAAUGGCCUGGUUGGCACAAGAGGGGCACAGAGGCUACGUUCACAUUACAAAAAAAUGGAAAUUAAAAAAAAAAUAAAAUAAAAUGGAAAAAGUGAGGCAUGUGUUUCAAAAAAGACACCAGCCUGAGCAGAGCGUGUCUGACGAGGGACUGUCGAACGCCUUUAUUACAAUUAAACAGUCUCUUCUUAAAAAAAAACAAAAAAACAAAAAAAACAGGUAAAACAUAUGUUUAAAAAAAAGGCGAUGAUGGACAUGGAGUGCCGUAAUGUGAACGCAGCCCCAGACACUGCGGCGAGCAUCAUGGAUAACAGGUACCCGACUUCAAAGUGCUCCAGUACGAACACCGUUUUAUUUUGAAUUGCAACACAGGAAGACAUGUCAAUAAAAUAUGUUGAACAAUCAUGGUGACCUGCGGCCAGAAAAACAAAAAGCAAAACAUUCUGAAAAUGUCUAAGUGCACUUACAUAGCUCUGACAUGACUGGAGACCAACUGGGCCCUCAGUCACCCUCCAGCCCUUACAACCAAACAGAGAUGGCUGGAGCGUCAAAAAAAGUGCCAUCCUGGACUGAAAAACGCAAAGUGAGCAUGUUUGUGUGUCGUUCCGUCUCCAGUCAGGCUGCGUAUUUGCCAGAACUACUCCAAAACUUUGAACCAUUUGGAGCUACUUAUAUGGUAAAAAUGGCAUUUAAGUUUGGUUAGGCCCCUGAAGGGAAGCCAGGGUGUCGCUAGGCCUGAAAACAACCCAGUAACCUUCACAUAAAUAACAAAAAUUAUGCUCUCAGUACAAAGUCAAACAGAGUAGGCGGCAGCGUGUCCACAUCAAGGUGUCGUACUGAUCAUGAGGUGUCGGUGCUCACACUGACGGAUGCAGGCUAACGCAGGCACAGUAAGACGAGCAGAACUCUCAACAGAGGCCUCAUCCUAUCCCUUGUCACUGAUUCCUGUUUUUGCAUUCAAACUGUAGUCUGUCUUUUGUCCCCCUUUGUCUAAUAAGGAACCUUGGGUUUUGAAGAGCCAAGUCUGUUCACAGUGUGGAGGAGCAGGAGGGAGACUCAGAGCAUGCCAAAGCCUUUGGCGUAGGUGAUGGCUUUCAGCAGUCUCUCUCUCAGCUUCUCCUUGCUGUUGUAUUCAGGUAGCAGCAGUACAUUAAAGCAAGUGUGAGAUGUUGGCAACCUACCAGGAGAGAGACAAACAAAGAGCAUGUUAGUCCGGUUUGCCUUUUUCGUUCCAUGCAUCCAGAUUUGGAACACGAGUGAAACAUUAUUGGUGGAUACUAGGGAUGCUCAAAAUGAUGAGACCUUCUGCGUACAUGAUGUGGAGAAACGUACCAUAAAAUCAUUUUAAUUUUAUUUACCUCUUCAAGAAGGAAAAAAAAAUAGAAAACCCUUGCAGAAAACGGCAACAACUUUUGUCAAAAGGACGACUGAAAAAUAACAUGAGGUUCGGUGAAUCUCUUUGCUGUGUCGGUGAAAUAUUGACUAGUUGUGGGACUCCGAGACAGAGAGCACUGCAUUUAUGAAAGUUUCCACUGUGGAUGUUUUUAGAAGUUUCACGGAUGGUGCACCCGACUCCAAAAUGGCGACGAAUUUGGUCGUUUCAGUUUCCCUGAGAAAGGCUGAUUCUUUUUCUUAGCGUGCCGAAUGUCACGCUGGGACUGGCAGGUUUUGCUAAGCGUUAGCUGCGCUACAGCCCAACCAGCAGUCUCACUUUCAUGAGCCCAGAAAACUCUCCGUGCUCCGUCAAGUGCUGGUGCUUUAAAUGGCAUGUUUAAUUUGAAGGCGCUUCCCUAAACAGCAUUUUCCUGUGCAUGUGCUGCAGGAUGCAAACUUGACGUCAUGAUCGGUGACCGAUGGAUUGGAGCAUCCCUAGUGGACAUUGUGUUCAGGAUAAAAGGAGCCAGCAAUGGAAUUGUUAGCAAUGAAGUAGGGAUGCUCCGAUCGAUCGGCCAGCCAUCCUGAUCGGCCAAUAUCAGCGUGAUCAGUGUCAGAAACUGCAACGCUGGCCACUCACCAGAAGUGGAUAACCUCCAGAUUACGUCGGUAAACAAAUAUGGCUACGGCCGCAAAAGGGUUGAGAGUCUGCGGAUUUCAAUGAUAUUCGGCGAAAUUACCGGGCGGAAAGAGACUUCUUCAUGGAGACCAGUGUAAUGACACUAUGAGUAGGGCGUUAUACAGGCACAGAUGAUGGGAGAUUUAGGGAGUCCUGCUGAGAGAAACUGGGUGUCCAUUUUUCCAGACGCCCUCCUAGCUAAAAGCCUGUCUUAUGCCUCAGUUAGCAGUGAAUACAAUUUCUGAAGAAAAGGUUGAUAUGGACAGACCCAUGACUUGCUUCCCAUAAAUCAGUCGCGUCACAGUUAGUCGCCUGGUGAGGGUUUUACCUGUCAGUGUCGGGACCGUUCUUGGCGAUAAUCAUCUUGAGCUUGCCCAAUCCACCGACAGGAGCUCUGUCUGUGCCUGUUGUGAACUGUAGGAAGAGGCGCUUCUGGUCUUCACCAAAAGAGUGCAAGAUCUCCCAAAACUCCCUGUCACAACAAAAGACAACUAUUAUCUGUAGCUCAUGAUGAAAUGCAAACUACCAUGAUGAGCAAAUGCAAUCUCUUGUUUGUUCUUUCUUGAAACAAGGACAAAACACAUGGAAAACCCAUUUCCAGAGCAACCUUUUUACAUGGUACUACAAAUAACCCAUUCGCAAACUCAGUCAAGCCAAUAUGCAUGUUCCAAAGUAUUUUAAGUUGACACAGUGAGAUAAGUUUCACUAGCCCAGACAUUGGAAGCCAAGUCAAACAACAAAAUUGUGUCUGAGAUCUAGGCUCAGUAUGGCAGCCCGUCAUCAAACUGAGGUGUGGGACGACACUAUCCAGGUAGUGUCUAAGCUGUUCAUAAGCAUUUUAAAAGUCUGAUCUUCGUCGGACUACGGCAACAAUGAGGCUGUCACGUAACCGCGGUCAAUGAGAUUGCAAACAUGACAUGACAUUGCCUUACUUUACUAUUCUCGAAUCUCUGUUGUAACCACCAUCAUAUUCUGUAGACUCCUCUAGUGCAAGGAAGUCGAGGUUCUGGAGGGGAAUUAGAAACGGACGUAAAUAGAGCAAGUUGAGAAAAGUGAUCCUUGCCAUUCUAUGACAAUUAAGACGUGCAAACUCACCCUGCUUCCACAAAUCAAGAGCUCAAUCUCCUCGGGCCUGAACAGGUACUUGAGGGGGGACUCAUUGGUGACCAUGUGGAAUCCUCUCCUAAAUGCUCGGAACUGCUUCUCCACACUUUUGUUGAGCAUGUAAUCGGCAUAUUGGGCCACAAACUCCUGAAUAAGGACAAAUAAUAAAAAAGGAAAUUGGCACUCUGCAUCCCCGAGACACCUUUUGGUGCAGUAAUGGAGUUAGAGUUCACCUUUCUGUUUUCAUUUGUCACAGGAAUCUUAUCACCAUUUUCUCGUAAGUCAUACAUCAGUGGAUUUCCAAACAAGUCUGUCUGUGAAAUUUGAAAGGUGAUCAUCAUGUCGUCCUCCACACUGCCCUCAUACGCAAGAAGCUCACGCAGACUCUGAUGCAGCAUCUGCAAGAAAAUAGUUUCAUAUCAGCCUUGUUCCGCCUCAUGUCUUCACAGGGACAUGUGCAUACAGAACCGGAGAGCAAAAAUGUCAGGCGGUGCUUACAGGGUUGGCAUCAGUUAGGUCUCGAAAAGUUCCUUUCUUGCCCAUCAGCUUCCUGUAGACCACCAUGGGAAAGUGGACAUCCAGGAUACAGUUGUUAUAGAUUGCUAGACCCAAAACGAUUCCGAUCAGUGUGUACUGGCCUUCAUUCUCAAAUGAUGAGGGGUUGAACCAAAACAAUUUGGUGCGCUCAUCAUACGUGAACAUGCCUGGGGGUCGUAGAAAAAGAAGUAUUAUUUAAAAAUAACAGUUUGCAUUUUACUCCGCUGUUUUUCAUUGUGAUUAGAUGUUUAAUUCCACUUUGUACAAUAUUGUACAACAUUAUAACUGAACCAAACCACUGUCAUCAAUAUGUUUUGCUUUCCAUCAUGUGCCUGCCUGUUUUUGUUUUACGCACCGCUAAAUGAAAUUCCAAUUAUAGUACGCCGGAGACUUUUUUCGACCUUCUGAUCAAAAGGAACCGUCAUUUUCCAUGUUGGAUGAAUACAGUAAAUCCAUCAAUGUAACAAUCAGAACAAUAACAGCAACAAUAAUAACAAUAAUAAUAUCAGUAAAUUGAAUAACAAACAUACUUGCACAAUAAUAUAUAUUUGGACUUAUGGUUAGUUAAAGGACUGAGUAAUUCACAGAGGCCUUGAUGUGAGUUAUGGAUGAAUCAUCACUAGUGUGUCAACAUGAGUGCUGAGCUGAGAGACACCUGUAUCAAUGCAUAUAUUGCGCUGACAGAAAACUAUGUGACUGCUACUGGCUGAUAGACCGGGGAUCUCUGUUUAAUCGAGGAUCAUCAAAGUCUGAUUUUAUUUAGUGAAAUACUUUGAUUUACAUAUAAUAAAUUAAUGUUUGUUUCUUGUCAGUAAUUCACCCCAAACUU